AUGGCACCGCGCAGUAGGCGGAGCGCGGCGGCGGCGACCGAGGUGGUCGAAGAAGAAGAGCAGGAGCUGGAACAGGAGGAAACAGUGCAAGAUGGGCUGAAGAAGCUCAAGUUCAAGCAAACGCUUGUUGGCCGGCCCGGCAAGCAGAUUGGCGUGAGCGACCUCUUGACGCGACUCGAGGCGCUGCACAACGAACUGCGGACAAUUGAUCAGGAAGAGGCGCACAGGGACUCGCUCAUGCCCGUCGCAGAGUCGCUGGCCCACCAGAGUCUCUUGCAGCACAAGGACAAUGGCGUGCGCGCGCGGACCGUCUGCUGCAUUGUCGACAUGCUGAAGCUGUUUGCGCCGGAUGCGCCCUACCCUGCAUCCAAGCUCAAGGAAAUCUUCUCCGUCAUCAUCCUCAAGCUGCUGCCGCUCCUCGCAGACCCCACCCACCCAUACAACAGCCAGCACAUGUACAUCCUCCGAUCGCUCGCCGAAUGGAAGAGCAUCCUUCUCAUCAACGAGAUUCCGGGCUCCGACCAGCUCACCGCGGCCCUCUUCACAACCUGCUUCGACGUUUUGUCUGCAUCGUCCAAGGGAGAAGAACUGAGCAAGAACAUCGAACACAACAUGACCGAAAUCCUCUCUACCAUAAUAGACGAAGCACCCGCAGUCACACAUGACGUCGUGGAUGUCGUUGUAGCACAGUUCCUGUGGGCAGACCCCAUCACACUGGGCUCUUCCACCAAAGGCAAGAAGAAUGUGCACAUCGACGCGAAGCAAUCCACGCUACGUCGCAAAGAGGCACCACCCGCCUACAAUAUGGCCAAGAACGUCUGUAACUCUUUUCCAGACAAGAUGGCUCGUCUCAUUGGCAACUACUUCAGCUCAGUCAUAGUAGACUUCACGAAUGCUGGAACCACAUACAAAGGCCAUUCCAAGGAUGACGACGACCUCCCUCGCGGCCCCUCCGAGGAUGACAUCAACGAGGCACACAAAGCACACAGGCUACUGCGUGAGCUGUGGAAGUGCUGUCCCGGUGUGCUCCAGGAGAUUAUCCCACAUCUGCAAGAUGAGCUUGCCACGGAGAACGUGCAGCUUCGCCAGCUUGCCACUGAAACAUUCGGCGACAUGAUUUCAGGCAUUGGCGCAGCCGGCCCACCCCCUCCGCCCGAUAUGGACCCAGUGGCCUAUCCUUCACAGAGUCUAUCACGCUCUGACUCAGCUCGACCAUUCGACUACCUUACCACACCAGUGUCCAUCAACUCGUUUCCAACCCAGUACCCUGUAGCAUAUCACUCGUUUCUUCAGCGCAAGAACGACAAAUCCGCCAUCAUUCGCGCCGCUUGGACUACCGGCAUCGGUCGCAUACUGAUGACAUCAGCGGGCGGCAUUGGCCUUGAUCUUGAAGAAGAACAGAAGUUACUCAAGUACUUUGGUGAAUGCCUGAUUGAUAGCGACGAGAAGGUGCGUCUAGCGGCCGUCAAAGCAGUUGCACAGUUCGAGUUCAACGACAUCGUUCGUAAACUCGGCAGCAACGGCGGCAUGGCAGAACCAGGGUCCAUCCUCUCCAAUCUCGCAGAUCGCGUAAAGGACAAGAAAAAUGUUAUUCAUUCCGAGUCUAUGAGGCUUCUCGGCAAGAUAUGGGGUGUGGCCUCUGGUGCCAUUGCUGAAGGCGAUGACAGCAUCAAGGCCCUGCUUGGCCCAAUCCCGUCUCGCAUUCUUGAAGCUUGUUACGUGAACGACCCUGAAAUCAACGUGCAAGUCGAUCUCGCACUUUACGACUCAUUGCUUCCGCUUGCGUAUCCUCCCAUGAAAGCGAAAGCACAGCCAGCUGGAAACUCGCAAGUCGUAAAAGACAGCCAAGCAAACACCGAACAGGGCUAUACCGAAGCAGAUCUGGACAAGAUCCGGACUGAAAGGCAGCUUGUACUUGUAAACGGCUUGGAAGAGAAGGCAAAGAAAGUAUUCUUCGCCAAACAAGGUAACCAGGGCCCUGGUGCCAGGUACAUGGAGCACUUCCUGAAGCUGUGUGAAGAUUACAACGGUGGUGUUACUGAAAAGGGUGAGAAGGACGUCAAGACAAAUCUCGAAGGCCUCAUCACCUACUACGCAAAAACGUUGCCCGAUCCAACUCGUGUUAGAGACGACCUGUGGAAAUUCGCCAAAGCUCAUGACCGCAGAGCGUACACCCUUAUACGGUUCUGUAUGGAUCCAGCGAGUGACUACCGCAGAGUCUUCAGGUCCAUUAAAGAGCUUCGAAAGAGGAUCGAAGAUGGGCCAGGUUCUCCACUGCUCGACACCUUGACCCCACUACUCUACCGCGUGAGCUUACUAUGCUACAACAAGAGUCACGUUCCAGCUGUCAUCGAAUACACCCGUACCGAUGACAAAAGUCUCGGUGCCACUGCUCACGAGCUUCUGAAAGAGAUCUCUACCAAGCAUCCCAAGGUUUUCUCAACUCACGUAAAGGAUCUCUGUAAGACUCUUGAAAGUGAAGCACCCACGGCAACGAAGCCCAACCCUCCUGGUGCGGUUGAUGAUCUCAAGGCCUGCGCUGCAUUUGCAAAGAAAUUCCCUACAGACAUCCCGAUGAACAGCAAAGACAGUCGAAAGUUGGUACAAAGCUUCUUGAAUUUUGCGUUCUACGGCAGCCCUCCACAGGCAGCAAAGCAUACGAUCACUAUCAUCAUGAACAGCGACGACAAGAAGGAGAUGCAUGCGAAGGAGAUACUUACCAAGAGCAUCAAAAGCUUCUCAUACGAUGGUGCUCACUGGCUCACAAAGCUGGCUGCACUCAGUCAACUAGUUCUAUUGGCCCAGUCAGAUUGCGAAGAUGAUAUGGAUGCCAUCGUUGAGAUCGCCAUUAAGGAAGUUCUGCAGAAACCGCAUGCAGCGACGGCCGAUGCAGAUGCUGAAUGGAUGGAGGUCCCAGACGACGACAUUCAAGGAAGGUCCUGGGCAGUCAAGAUCCUCGUCAACCGCUUACGCUCCCUACCAUCCGAUGCCAACUUCAAGGAUGCUGCGGAAGACACAUAUAAGCUGCUGAACCGCUAUGUGAAGAACAAUGGCGAGAGCGCAGCGGAUGACAGCACUCCAGCAGGACACAAAUCGCGCCAGCGCCUUCUUGCCGCCAACUCCCUACUCAAGCUUUCCUGCAACAAGCGCCUCGAUCCUCUCUUGAGCCCCGCCGAUUUUAUACAGCUAGCCCUGGUCACACACGACCCCUGUACGCAAGUGCGCAAGGGCUUCGCUGAUAAAUUGAUGAAGUACCUUGGUCAGGGUCGUUUGCCGCCCCGAUUCUACACUAUCCUGUUCUUCCUCGCACAUGAGCCUGAGAAGACUAUCAAAAACAGCACUAUGACCUGGAUCCGUGCACGCCGCGCCGCCUUUGCUGCACGAAAAGAGACCAUACUGGAGACUGUGUUCGCUCGUUUAUUGAGUCUACUUGCUCACCACCCAGACUUUGACACAGAAGACGAGACACUGAAGCUCAUGUCAGAGUAUAUCUUGUACUAUCUGAAAUGCGUGGCGACCGAGGAAAACCUGUCACUUAUUUUUCACGUCGCUCAGCGCGUCAAGGGUGUUGCGGAUGGUAUUGCGCCGUCGCGCCAAGCUGACGAGAAUCUAUAUAUCUUGUCAGAUCUAGCACAGGCUCUCAUCCGCUCGUGGGAAGAGCAAAACAACUGGACAAUGCAAUCAUGGCCAGGGAAAAUGAAGUUGCCCUCCGGUAUCUUCCGACCUCUGGAGAGUCACGAUCGCGCGCAGGAGAUCGCUAAAAAGACAUGGAUUGGGGAAGAUUUGGUUGACGAACUCGAACCGCUUGUGCGGAGAGCUAUUCGAAGCAAGAAGCGCAAGGCAUCAGAUGGUGUAGAGAAGUCGCGCAAGAAGACCAAGGGCGACAGACCGAUCAAGGAAAAGAAGACUAGGACAGAGCGUCCCGUCAAAACACCAAAGAAAAAGAGGAGAGCUGGCGACGAUGAUGAUGCGAGUGACGUUGAUGGUGGCGUCGCUCCAUCAAGUGGUCCACGGAGAAAGAGCGAUCGACGAAGUACUGUGCAUAAGAGCUAUGUCGAGGUAUCGAGUGAUGAGGAAGACAUCGGAGCUGGUGCUCAAGAGGUCCAGGAAGAUGAGGAAGAAGAACAAGAGGCUAACACAUCAGACGCAGAAGGAGCGGACAAGCCUACUCCAGUUGCUGAAGAAGAUGUAGAGAUGGAUGAUGCAGGAGUCGAGGCUGAGAAGGACCCAGAAACUGCCGCUGAACAGUCUGACCUUUCAGAUCCAGAGCCAUCCCCAGAACUUGAGCCCGAGCCUACACCAGCGAAGAGAGCUACGAGAGGGAGAGCCGCUACUAAGACGAAUGGCGCCAAGUCAUCACCGGUUGUCCAGAAACGCAAAGCUGCCGAGCCGAUCAAGGAAGCCACACCGCCCAAGUCCGUAAAGAGUGCGACCAAAGCAAAAGCGACCAAGGCAAAGGUCAAUGGUGCUUCAGCGGUCUCCUCGCCUACUCCCGCUACCAACGGUACUCCCAUUGUCCGACGCAGUGGUCGCGCUCGUGGCUGA